AUGGCUCCCUUUCUUACAAACGGCCAAAACACGUUUGCCGAGACAAGGCCGAUCGAAGUCUCAGUGAAUACAGCCGAGGAAAUUGCGAGCACUGCUCAAUUCAACCACUCGGAUCAAGUUAAGGAUCAUGCUAUUGAUACAGAAUUCCUUAUUGUUGGCGCGGGGCCUGCGGGUGCAGCCUUAGCUUGCUUUCUUGGCUCUCAUGGGCUCAAGGGUAUCAUGAUCAGCAGUGCGCCAGGGACAGCCAAUGCCCCUCGUGCACACAUCACCAACAUGGCAGCACUUGAAUGUCUCCGAGACAUUGGUCUAUAUGAGGAGCUCCAAAAAUUGGGAUCCAAGGGUGAAGACCAUAUGCAGCACACCAGAUGGUGCCACAGUAUGGCAGGUGAAGAAUACGCCAGAAUUCAUUCGUGGGGUAAUGACCCGAGACGAAAGGGUGACUAUGAACUGGCUAGUCCAUGUGAGCCUUUUGACCUACCGCAGACAGCUCUGGAACCGGUUCUAGUUCGUCAUGCUGCUUUGAAAGGUUUCAAAUGUCGUUUCCAUACGACACUUGCUUCGUUCGUCAAAGAAGAGAAGACUGGCUUGAUUAUAGCAACCAUUCGCGAUGAAAUCUCAAACCACGAAUACCAUAUCCGUACCAAGUAUCUGUUGGGCGCCGAUGGUGCUCGCAGCCAAGUGGUGAAGCAACUGAAUUUGCCUCUUGCAGUUCUUCCAGGGCAAGGUAUCGCAAUUAACGUGCUUGUUAAGGCAGACCUCUCCCAUCUUGUCAAGAAUCGAACCGGCAAUCUCCAUUGGGUGAUGCAGCCAGAUCGCGAGCACCCUAACUUCAGCUGGAUGGGGAUCGUUCGCAUGGUAAAGCCGUGGAAUGAAUGGAUGUUCAUAUUAUUCCCAGAUCGCAGCUAUGAUCGUUCUCAAGGCAAGCCCUCUAUGGAGGAGUAUCGAAAGAGGGUGCAAGAGUUCAUUGGUGAUGACACACCGGCUGAAAUACUUGAUGUAUCUUCCUGGUAUAUCAAUGAGACUGUCGCGGAGAAGUACUCAGAAGGUAAUAUCUUCUGUCUCGGCGACGCCGUACACCGUCACCCCCCAUUUAACGGUCUUGGCUCAAACACAUGCAUUCAAGAUGCCUUUAACUUGGCCUGGAAGCUUGCGUACGUCUCCAAGGGCUUCGCGUCCCCAUCGCUUCUAUCCACUUAUUCUAUUGAGAGACAGCCUGUUGGUCAUUCGGUCAUCACCCGAGCGAACCAGGCAUACCGCGACCAUUUGCACGUAUGGGAUGCACUUGGCAUGUUGCCGACGGAUGUUUCUGAACGGAAGCAGAUAUUGGAGGAGUUGAAGAGUGCAACUCCACAAGGAUCAGACCGUCGUCGUGCCUUGCGUGAGGCAGUCAAACAUACCUCUCAAGAGUUCCACGGGCUGGGAGUUGAAAUGAACCAACACUACGAAGGCAUGGGAAUAUAUACCGCUGACGAAGCGCAUCCAUAUGAGCGACUUGGACGGGCGGUCAAGGAUAAGGUACUAUAUCAUGAACCAAGUACAUAUCCUGGCUCUCGUUUACCGCAUGUUUGGCUCAAUAAGGCAACCCCGGAGGAGCCUGUCUCGACAAUUGAUCUUGCUGGUCAUGGCUCAUUUAUACUUUUGACUGGAAUUGGAGGUGGGGCGUGGAAGGAAGCGGCUGGGACUGUAGCCGAGAAGCUCAAGAUUCCAAUUCAGGCGUGGUCGAUUGGGUUCAGGCAAGACUGGGAGGAUGUGUACUUUGAGUGGGAAAAUUUCCGAGGUGUGGAAGAAUCAGGGGCCGUGUUGGUGCGACCGGAUCGAUUUGUUGCAUGGAGAGCAUCAGAAGCUUUGCAGGACAGUGAAGCCUGUCACCGAAAGCUUCUCAAGGUGAUGAGAUCCAUUCUUGGAUUUGAAGAUCUGUAG